AUGAGAAGAAGCCGAUCGCUCCAGCUUGCGCCCAGCCAGCCCGAAGUCGACGAGGCCUGCUACGCCCAGCAGCCCCUCGCCAGGAAGAAACAGCCCAGCACGAGCCAGCCCCCAGCGGGCCACGACCACCAGGAGGAACCAGACAAACAGCUCGACUUCCUCAGCCGGCUGCCCAUCGAACUCGCACUCUACAUCCUCCUCAAGCUCGCCCAGCACAACGACCCCCGCCACCUGCUCAGCGCCAGAGCAGUCUCCAAGAGCUGGCAGAGACUCGCCGAAGACAGUCUGAUCUGGAAACAACUCAGCCAGCUCAUCGGACUCGCCCAGCCCACCCCGCACUGGACGGCCACCAGCGAAGCGGCGCCCCAGCUCAACUGGCUCAAGCUCUUCCGCGACCGCUACAUCAUCGACCGCCGCUGGAGGCACGGCAGCCAGCUCUCCAAGAAACUCAAGGGACACAAGGACUCGGUCUACUGUCUGCAGAUGCACGACCAGCAGAUCAUCACCGGAUCUAGGGACCGCACCAUCAAGGUCUGGGACAGUCGCUCCAGGGAGUGUCAGCGCACCCUGCUGGGCCACAAGGGCAGCGUCCUCUGUGUCCGCUUCGACGCCGAGCUCCUCCUCUCGGGCUCCUCCGACAGCAGCGUGUUCGUGUGGGACAGGGCCAGCUGGACCGUCGUCCGCGAGCUCGUCGGCCACCGCUCCGGCGUCCUCGACCUCGGCCUCACCAGCACCGUCUUCGUCAGCUGCUCCAAGGACACCACCAUCAAGAUCUGGAACAGGCCCGAUGGCGCCCUCCUCCGCACCAUCACCGGCCACACCGGCCCCGUCAACGCCCUCGAACUCUCCCUCCAACCCCUCGCCACCCUCCUCAACCAGCCCGAUCCAUCCCCCUCCUCACCACCCCUCUCGAACGCCCUCCUCUCCGCCUCCGGGGACUCGUCCAUGAAGCUCUGGGAUACCCACUCCGGCCUGCUCAUCCGCACCUUCGACGGCCAUCUCCGCGGGCUCGCCUGCCUCAAACUAGUCGAGCAUCUCCGCCAGAUCAUCACCGGAUCCAACGACGAGACCAUCAAGAUCUGGAACCUGCUCACCGGCCAGUGUCUGCGCACCCUCCUCGGCCACUCCGGCCUCGUCCGCUCCCUCGACUUCUCCCUCCGCCACAACAGGCUCGUCUCAGGCUCGUACGAUAAAACUAUCAAGGUCUGGGACCUCGCCACCGGCCAGCUCCUGCUCGACUUCCGCAAAGGCACCGACCGCAGCCUGGUCUUCGACGUCAAAUUCAACCUCACCUCCAUCGUCUUCGUCGGCCAUCCGAACAGCAUCAUGCUCUUGGACUUCGCUGACGGCCUCGAGGCAGAUAUGUUCGACUGA